CUGAAGAUUGCAUCUUAGGAACAUCGGCAUAUCUCAUUUUCUACAGAACUCCAGAAAUAACUAGGUACCCAGCAGAAAUGAGAGAUGAGAUUUUGGAAUAAAAGGAAUCUCAUUAUCGAGCACCAUUUCUUCCACAACUUUUAAGCACUUUAUCAAAUAAAUUUAUAAAAAGGUAUAAUGCAGUGACCUAGUUGGACUAUAAAUAGAUGGCAUGAUAGCUCAUACUUACUCACAACAAAAGCAAGACAUCCAAUUGUGAAUCCUUCUCACAAUACUACAUUCAGUCUUCAUCUACCAGCUUCCUUUUUAAAUCCAGAAAUUUCACAAAGAUAGAAAAAAAAAAAAAAAAAAAAAAAAAAAACACAACAACAAAGGAGCCAUUUUCAUCUCCCAAAACCUAAGGUUACAAAAUUCUUGGUAAUUUACAAGCAAUGGAUGUUGUGAACAGAUUGGUUGAAGAGAAGCCUUUGGUAAUCUUUACAAAGAGUUCUUGUUGCAUAAGCCACUCAGUGAUGCAACUCAUAAGCAGCUAUGGAGCAAAUGCAACAAUCUAUGAACUGGAUAACAUGUCCAAUGGACAAGAGGUAGAUAAAGCUCUCCAAAGACUAGGGGUUAAGCCAAGUGUACCUGCUGUUUUUAUAGGACAAAAAUUAGUUGGUGGAGCUAAAGAAAUUAUUAGUCUGCAGGUUCAAGGAAGACUUGUGCCAAUGCUGAAGGAGGCAGGAGCUUUAUGGGUUUAGAAUAAAAGAACUUACAUCUAGCAAGAAAAAUAUAAAUCCAUAAUUUUCAGGUUUUUGUUUUUUUGUUGUUGCUUUAAUUUUCAAAAUUGUAACUAGAAGGAUGUAUAUUCUUCGUUUUGAUCCCCUUCUAUCUAUCUUUUUAAUGAUUAGAUGGAAGGGUAUAUACAUUAGCCCCUAGUGUAAGAAGCUGGCUACAUUCCGUGGCGUAAUCAAAAUAUUCAAGUAAUGAGUAUCUAUUUCGUAAAAACUUUUGUAAA